UUGACAAAAGACGCUGGCGAGACGGAGCGAAGGAGUCCAGAGCCCGGUACCGGUGAGCAGACCCGCCCGUUAACUUGACUUCUCUUCCUCGAGGAGAACGGGAUCCAGAAGGCGGCGGCUGAGGGGAGGGGGACGAGGACUCUCCCGCUCCGAGAAAACCGUGUGGCUGAGGUGAUUCGGCGGUGGUCGGACCGCAGCAGGCCGGUGUGGAGUGGACCCCCUCCUCCUCUUCCUCACCUCUCUCCUUCCUGAAAACCGCCCGUAUUUACCGACCAAACCAGAGGCCAAGAUGGGUCACUGGCUGUGAGCACCAGCGCCAGUCCCGCGUCGCUGGAGGAGGAGGCGGCCUUGGGCAGGUCUAUUCAGCCGGGAAUGGUGUGAGCUGAGACGACCAGGCAGUCUGGAUCUGACCGGGGAUCCAUCAUUCCCCCGGAGCCUCCGCGGCUCCAAGCCGCGUCCUGAGCCCUCCAAAAUGGGGAAGUGCGACGGAAGAUGCACGCUGCUGGUGAUAUGUUCACUGCAGUUGGUGGCAGCCCUCCAGAGGCAGGUGUUUGAUUUUCUGGGCUACCAGUGGGCCCCCAUUCUGGCCAACUUCCUGCACAUCAUGGCCGUCAUCCUGGGCAUGUUCGGCACUGUGCAGUUUCGCUUCAGAUACCUCAUCUUUUAUGCAGUUUGGCUGGUCCUCUGGGUGGGUUGGAACUCCUUCAUCAUCUGUUUCUACCUGGAGGUUGGAAACCUGUCUCAGGACAGGGAUUUUCUCAUGACUUUCAACACAUCCCUCCAUCGUUCGUGGUGGAUGGAGCACGGUCCCGGUUGCCUGGUGACGCCAGUGCUGGACUCUCGCAUGGCCCCUGAUGACCACCAUGUCAUCACUGUAUCCGGGUGUCUCCUUGACUACCAAUACAUCGAGGUGUUGAGUUCGGCCAUUCAGAUCCUUUUGGCCCUCUUUGGCUUCGUAUACGCCUGCUACGUAAGCAAAGUCUUCCAGGACGACGAGGACAGCUUUGACUUCAUCGGUGGGUUUGACUCUUACGGCUACCAGCCUCCUCAGAAGUCCUCUCAUCUGCAACUGCAGCCUCUUUACACGGCUGGUUAACCGAUGGUAGCGCCCCCUUCAGGCCAAACCCUGAUGGUGUCACUGUGGAUGGAAAGCGGCGGUCGCCCUUGAUUACACUCACUCUCUGUGUCACAGUUUACCUGAGGAACGGACUUAACCCCACCCGGAGGGAGAGGUGUAUAUGUGCGUGUGUGCAUGUGUGAUUGUGUCUGAGAAAUACAGCCCUGAAUAGAAUGUACAGAGCUCAGGGAAGAAACCAGCAUGCCAGGUGGUGCGAUGAGGUGAAGGAGACGCAGGGGGAGGGCAGAGGAGAUGCAGAGAACAAGAGCUGGGACACGUCUGUCAAAUCACCGAAGACACAGUUCACUAAACUGCCAGCUCUCAACACUCCCACUAGUGUGUUUGUGCGUGUGUGUACUUGUGUAACUCCACAGGACUAGCUGGUGCUUCGUGGUCGCACCCUGGACUCUUACCACUUGGUGCCCCUGUGAUAUUUUUUUUUUUUUGUUGCUGGGUGCUCCUGUAUGUAUGUGUGUGUGUGUGUGUGUGUGUAGGGAUGUGGGUGGGGUCACAUAAUAAAAAGAGGCACAGCUCGUACCUGUUGUCGUUUUAGAAUGUGGUGAUGUCAAACUAGAGCAGUCUUAUGAUUCCCGUUCCCAAAGCCAUCUCUCCUUCCUGCCGUGCCGUUAAAAACCACUGUUGACAUUUAAGCUUUUCACAUUACAGCCCGGGCCUGUGGAGGUAAUAAAACAGGGCCGGUGGAGCAGAAAGGGCAAGGAUGAGGCUGGAGAUAUUUUAUAUUUUUAUUACCGUCAAAAAAAAAUAAAAAAUCCCAUGAAAUAGACUAAAACCGUCAACGUGUUAUUCCGUCUCAUUGCUUUCCGGCAGCUUGUCUGAGGCACUCAAGCCCAUUUGUUCUACUUUCUUCAAAAAAGGAACAAAUUAUUUCCUACAGCAGCUGGGCACUGUGGUUUUUUAGCAAAGGUCACUCCAACAGAUGUAAUGAUUGUAAAUUUACUCGGACCAUUUUGAGCCACGGAUACGCCGCUUUAAUGAUUAGCGGGCUGGUGUGUGCGAUUGAUUCAGAAGAAACUACAGUGUCCAAGUUUCCCGUAACAAAGGAGUGUCAUCCAGUGCAACGGUCCAGCUGACUGAUGGGUUUUUAAUAGCUUUGGACUAAAAUAGAGCUGUAUUGCAUAGAGGAAAAAGCUAUAUCAGGCAUUUGGCUCCGUAGACUGUGUUUCUUAGAGGGAUCAAUUCCUGGUUGGUUUUGGUUUUUACACAAGAUCUGAUUAAAGAAAAACAGAAUAUCACCAGCCUUAUCCUUUUGGUUUUACUCCAGAAAUCAAUUCAAAUAUCCAGGUUAUUUUGUUUUCAGGUAAAUAAAAUUCAGCCUGUUGUACAUGUGCCACUGUUGAUUAGGGAUGCAGAUGGCUUUGGGAUCAGGCAUUAGUGUGUCUAUGGGGAGGGGGAGGGAGGGGGGGGAGCAGUGGGGAUACUGUGCAUGUAAAUAACCAGCCAAUGAUUGUUUUUGUUGGUUCCAUUUAGAAAAAGGGGGUCGCAUUAGUGGGUGGGUGGGGAAGUCGGGGAGAGGGUUACACGUCAAAGUUUUACUUUGUACCUGUUUCUCUUGUUCUCUCUUUUUGCAAACCCUCAUGCUACUUCGUUUGAACCCAUCUGCAGCUAAUAUUCCCCGUUACCAUCUUCACUAACUACAUAGGCUCAAUGCAGCUCAUUCGCCACUCGGAGCACAGCGACGACGGAGGACAAAGUUUGAAAAAUGCUCUGAGUGGUUUUUGUAGAUGUAACUGGAGACAUGAGGAGGGAAGGAGGGAGACAGGUAUGAUGGGAAGACCUUAUUGGGUGUAAGGUGAAGUUUGAAAUAAUAAAAAUACACUUUCUACAUUAAA